AUGGUGGUGGGCGUGGAGAAGCAGCGAGUGCAAGUGCUGCUACGUCUGCAAGUGUUGCAACCUCCAAGAGUAAAUGCAAGCGUACCUUUACAGUUUGGGAUAUCUUCGACACAAUUGAGGAGAUCGACAAUGACGCUUAGCCAAUCCAAUGGAGAAGCAGCGAGUGCAAGUGCUGCUACGUCUGCAAGUGUUGCAACCUCCAAGAGUAAAUGCAAGCGUACCUUUACAGUUUGGGAUAUCUUCGACACAAUUGAGGAGAUCGACAAUGACGAGGGUAGCAAUGCUCCAGUUAGCCGUUAUUUACCUGCUAGUCCCGUGGACGUCAAAAUCACCUACGCUCCCAAACGACAGGAGAUCUCCAAGACCACGUACGAGCACGACGUUAACACUUUCUUCUUAGACACCAAUCUUCACGCAGGCCAGAAACUGAAGCUGCAUUUCCCCAACACCCAAAACGACGCCAAAUUCUUGACCCGCAAAGCCGCCGAAUCCAUGCCCUUUUCGACCAACAAGUUGCCCGAAAUCCUCAAACACUUGGGGAUAAAACCCGAUUCGAUUCAAGCCAAUAGAGUGAAGACCGCCAUCGAACAGUGCGAGGCACCCGCCAUCAGAGGGGAGGACAAGUUCUGCGCAACAUCACUCGAGUCGCUGAUCGAUUUCGGGGUCUCGAAGCUCGGAAGAGGAGUUCAGGUCUACUCAACGGAGGUGAUUAAGGGUGACAAUGGGACGAAGCAGGUUUAUAGCAUCUCCAAAGGAGUGAAGAAGAUAGGAGAGAGGUCGGUCGUUUGCCACAAGCAGAAUUAUGUUUACGCAGUGUUUUACUGCCACGAAAUCCACGCAACGACGGCUUACAAGGUGUCGUUGGUGGGUUCCGACGGGACAAAUGUUGAGGCGGUGGCGCUUUGCCACGCUGAUACUAGUUCUUGGAGCCCUCAGCAUGUUGCUUUUCAGAUGCUCAAAGUGAAGCCCGGAAGCGUUCCCAUUUGCCAUUUCGUGUCUAGGGACAAUCUUGUGUGGGUCCCCUAAAUAACUAGCUAUAUAUAUACAUGUAUAUGUAUAUAUAACUAAAAAAGUUCCAUCAUAUGUAGUUGUUGGU